AUGGCCAUUUGUGCAAAGGCACAGAAAAGAUUGGACGAAGCCACCAAGAAAGAAGCGCCCAAGUGGAGUCAACUCAAAGAUGAUGCGGAAGGCCUUCUGUGGCUCAUGGGUGGCUAUGCAUGGGCUGCCAGAGGUGGGGACGAGGCCGCGGACAGCUUUUGUCAGAAGAACAGGAUCAACCCACGGCAGAUGGCCGAGGCCCACAGCCUCAUGCAGCAACUGGCGGAGCUGCUGCAGCGACGGCUCCAACUGGCGUCUGCUGGCUUCGACUUGGAGCUGCCGCUGUUGCCGCGGCCGCCCAAGCCACGACAAGCACAGCUAUUACGCGAGUGCAUAGCUGAAGGCUUGCUGGACCGAGUUGCCAUUGCUUUCCCGGACUUGGGACACCGGGCAUAUAUUUGUGCUGACCUUGGACGUGAACGCCCUGUGUACAUACACACCUCAUCGAAUGCAUUUCGGCACAGGCCUCAACCAUCAGUGAUGGUCUUCAAUGAAAUCAUCUCGACCCACAAGCCCUUCAUGAGGGACUGCAUCAGCAUCGACCCCCUUCAUUUGGCGAAGCGCGCUGCUGCGGGUGGCUGCCCUUUGCUGAACCUUGGGGAGUUCAUUCCCGUACCAGGCCCUCGGUACCUUCCUGAGCAGGACAAAGUGCUUGCCUUUGCCAGUCCGUUGUGGGCUUGGUGUUGA